AUGGCCGACUCGGACGAGGAAUACGUCGGAGACGUCACCGAGGAUGAGGAUGAUCUCCAGGUAACCCGGAAAGAUCAGGUCGGGACCAGGAAGAGAAAACAGCGGGGAGGAGCUGAGUGGGAGUUGUCCAGGACCUGGGAAACGCUCGUCGAAGGCGCAGAUGGUACAAUCAGUGCGACUGUGGAGGGGCUGCUGGAAGCUGGGAAGCGGAAAAGAUUGUUAAAGGAUACAACUCCUCUCCAACGCGGUAUUAUACGACAUCUGAUCCUUGUCCUCGAUCUUUCACAGUCCAUGUCCGAAAAGGAUCUACGUCCGACACGCUACCUGCUGACCCUGCGAUAUGCGCAGGAAUUCGUUCGAGAAUUCUUUGAACAAAACCCCAUCUCCCAACUGGGUGUCUUGGGCCUACGGGAUGGCCUGGCUCUUCGAAUCAGCGAUAUGAGUGGAAAUCCCACGGAACACAUGACAGCCAUCCAAUCGCUCAAGACCCAAGAUCCAAAAGGUCUGCCCAGUUUGCAAAAUGGUCUAGACAUGGCGCGAGGUGCCCUGUUUCACACCCCCAACCAUGGCACUAGGGAAGUGUUGGUGAUUUUUGGCUCUCUUUUGUCCUCGGACCCGGGUGAUAUUCACCAGACCAUCAAUACCUUGAUCAGUGACAAGGUACGAGUCCGCAUUGUCGGACUCGCUGCACAGGUCGCGAUUUGUCGCGAGCUUUGCACGAAAACGAACGGAGGUGAUGAAACAGCCUACGGUGUGGCGCUUAAUGAGCAGCAUUUCCGGGAGCUGAUGAUGGAUGUGACCACACCACCCGCCGUAUAUUCUCAGAAACAAUCUGCUAGCUCACUGUUAAUGAUGGGGUUUCCAUCUCGAACAGUAGAGUCAAAAUUCUCUCUCUGCGCUUGCCACUCGAAACCAUCCCGGGGUGGGUACUUAUGCUCUCGCUGUGGCAGCAAGAAUGAUCCCGAAUUCGCAAAUGGUCUCGCCAUUAUCCUUGGUCAUCCCAAUACGCCCGCCUCGGAGACCGAGAUGAGUCGCGAAGAUGAUCUUGUUUUACAGGCCAAAUGUUUCUUCUUCUCACGGAAAGAAAACAUCUCUCCACCCAUUGACUUCACUGCCUAUAAAUCGUGGCUAAUUGCAUCAUCGCCUUGCGAGCCUCAUGAAUCGAGUGGUCCAGCUGAUUCCUCUAAUGCCCCCGGUUCCGAGCGACCAGCGGACACGGAACCUACGUAUCCAUCUUCGUUUGCGCAUAUAGUCGAGCUUAUUACCACAGGGCAGCCAAUCCCGGGGAUUGAACAGAUUCCAGACACUGUGUUGACAGGGCAUGACAUCUCAAGUGAGAAGCCUCGGCGACGCAAGCCAUGGGAGAAGGAUGGAUUGGAACAAACGCAGGAUGAAUCUACAACUGAAGUUUCAUCUGCAUGA